AUGUCCGAAGCCGGCAAAUUCGACCUUUUCAGCCUUUUACCAUUGGAAAUAAGACACCUGGUAUGGCGCAAGACUCUCGAAGGCCGGCUCGUGGCCAUAUGUCCCAGGCUAGACUGGCUUGCCCGAAGAAGCCGUCUGCCCGUCAUGUCCGCCGUUCAUCAAGAAAGCCGCAAAUUCUUCUUGAGCAUGUACAUUCGGCUCAUCAGCGAAGCUACGGGCAUGCCUCAUAACAGAAGCUCCUUCUAUUGGCUCAUCAAAGACCACGUUUACCUCAAUCCUGAUAUUGACACCCUCAUUCUCGGUACGAGCGUUCACAAAAUGGGGAAUUAUCGACUUCAGCUCGCCAACCCUCAAUGGCUUGUACAAGUUGACGGCUUGGGCCACCCACUUGUGGUCCCAACCUUGCCGGAUGACAUCAAGAAACAACUUCGAAAACUACGUUUGCACGACACCUGCUUUUUGCAGCGGAUAUUCAACGAGAGACUUUCCAGAGGCAAAGCUAUCACUUCUUUCAGCCCACAAGGCCCCAUUCCAUUUCCCCAACUCCAAUUCCCAUGCCUCGAGGUCAUCUACCUGGUUUCUCUGAUUUGCAUUCCAAUACCCACAAACCUAGGUCUGAAAACACUCUCGCUGCGUGGUACGGGAGUUCAUCUUCGCUACAUCUUGCCGACCAACAAGCUUUACUGUCAUCGCGACGCGAUUCUACCUAGCGAGUACUUUGGAGGUAUACAGCCAAACGAGUUUACCCCUCAUGAUUGUUUCAGGGUCGACGCGAAUGAGAGUUGCUGUAUCCGCAUCGACAUCUUGCGCGAUAGCAAUCUCGAUUGGAUCACUGACGACUAG